UGUCUCCUAGUAACCAUCCUCCAGCCGGCGCCUUCACCGAAGCCGCCAGACGGCGCAUGCGCGGUGGCCGCCGCCCCCUCCGCGCUAGAACACACCUGAUGCUUCGAGGCUCCCAGCCGGUCCCUGGAGCCCGAGGUGUUCCUGGCAGAGGGAAACGGUUACUUCCUAGCAGCUGCUCCGGUGCGCAGCUCCUGCCACACGGUCAGGAGGCUGUUCCGUGUUAGCCUUCAGUCAUCAAACUGAAGAAACGUUUCCACCACUUACAAGGGGCCCUCACACUCCCUUGAUGGUUGACCAGCUGUCCCAAUGGGAUUUUUGCUAAGUAAAGCUGCCACUCAUCCAUCUGCUCUGCUGGCGGAUUCAGAAGUGAACCAUCACUUAAUGCAAGGAGCUGAGAAGCGUGGAUUGGAACCAGUAACUCGGUUAUUUCAAAACACCAAGAAAAUAAAGUUAGAAGACACAAACCAAGAAAACUUCACGAGGAAGGAAGGGAUUGACAGAGGAUGGAAUGGCAUGGGCUACGUGAAGGAAAACGAUGGCCUAGUAAUAACAGAUUUGGAAUGAAGACACCUGGACAUAUUGCCAAAGAAAUCAAAAAUUGCUUUUGAUUAGAAGAUGUAUUCAAUGUAGCUGAAGUCCAUUAGGAAGUGUAACAAAAUGAAGAAAUGGCUAAAAGAUCCUCCUAAAUCCAAGGCAGAUGUCUGCAGGGUAUAUCCUAUCUCUGUCAAACACCACACUUAUUUUUACUAAGAGUAUUUGGUACUAAUGCACUUUACUGUAAUUAUAAUAAACAUUAUAGCAAGUAGUAUAAAAAGUGGAUCUAAGCAAAACAUGACUAUUUCACAUCUGUUCUGGUGAAGUUACUUUUAUAUGCUGCACUUCCAGUUCAAGGGUUUGCUUUGGAGUCCUUUACCUUUUUAAAUGUUCAGGGUGCUGUGGGAUGGUCUGUAUGUCAAAUUGCUCUGAUUGGUCAAUAAAUAAAACACUGAUUGGCCAGUGGCCAGGCAGGAAGUAGGUGGGACAAGGAGAGAGGAGAAUUCUGGG